ACAGCGUCUCAGAUCACUCGAUUCACUUCUCAUCAUGUCGUUCUCUGGGAAAUAUCAGCUGGAAAGUCAGGAGGGCUUCGUGGAGUUCAUGAAGGCUGUUGGUCUUCCUGAUGAUCUCAUCGAGAAGGGCAAAGACAUUAAAAGCGUGUCUGAGAUCGAGCAGAAUGGAGAUCACUUUAAAGUAACCGUGACGACAGGAACUAAGGUCCUGAACAACACAUUUACUUUAGGACAGGAGAGUGAGUUAGAAACUCUGACCGGAGGGAAAGUUAAAGCUGUUGUGACUAAAGACGGCAACAAACUCAAAGUCACUCUGGACAAAGUCUCAUCGGUCACCGAGCUCGUGGAUGCCGACACUAUUGUCAAUACAUUGACUUUGGGCAGCAUCGUCUACAAGAGGGUCAGCAAGCGGGUGGCGUGAUUACAAACUAUAAAAAAGAACUUUGUUU